UUAAGUACUGUGGUGAACUCUCUUUUGUCAGAUAUUUCCGAAAUAGGGAGGAGUGCCAAGUCUUUUUGUGAACAUACUGCAAGGACACAGCCAACCCUUUCAGAUAUUGUGGUCACCUUAGUUGAAAUGGGCUUUAAUGUGGAGAUGCUCCCUGCAUAUGCUAAACGUUCCCAGCGGAUGGUAAUCACUGCACCACCUGUAACAAAUCAACCUGUGACCCCAAAAGCCCUGACAGCUGGACAGAACAAACCUCAUCCUUCUCACAUCCCUAGCCAUUUCCCAGAGUUUCCGGAUCCUCAUACUUAUAUCAAAACACCAACCUAUCGGGAGCCUGUACUGGAUUAUCAGAUCUUACGAGAAAAAGCUGCUUCACAGAGACGAGAUGUUGAAAGAGCUUUGACCCGCUUCAUGGCAAAAACUGGAGAGACACAGAGUCUUUUCAAAGAUGAUGUCAGCACUUUUCCUUUGAUAGCUGCCAGGCCUUUUGCAAUACCCUACCUGACAGCUCUGCUUCCUUCUGAAUUGGAGAUGCAGCAGAUGGAAGAGACUGAUUCCUCUGAACAAGAUGACCAGACGGACACAGAGAACCUCGCUUUACAAAUGAGCAUGGAUGAUUCAGGAGCUGAGAAGGAGAAUGCAUCAGUACUUCAGCACAAUACCUCCCUUUCUGGCAGUCGAAAUGGAGAGGAGAACUUGAUAGACAAUCCUUACCUCCGGCCUGUGAAGAAGCCCAAGAUUCGUAGGAAGAAGUGAAGUGAACAAAUGGAUGGAGUGAAGUAAGAAGGAACAGUUUCUCGUGAUCUCUGCACACUUAAGAUAGGGCACUGGAAAGGCAGAACAGCCCUCCUGGUUAAGAGCCAAGUGGAAAUACUGGACUCCCCAGUUGCUGUUUUCUUUAUCUCCAGCAAUUUGUGAUAAUUUAAGGUGAAAUCUGAAAGAAUGCCUUAGAAGCACUGAUGGCUACAUGGAUUGAAAUUUGUCUCUGCAUAAGAAUGGUUUGCUGCUAGCUUACAAUAGCUGCUGCAGCUCUUCAUCCUCAGAGAAUCUUCUUUCCAAGAAUUGCAAAUGGAUCAACUGGGGCACUGCAGACGUUUAUCCUCUCAUUUUGCCAAGUACAGAAUUCCAGAAUUAGAUUUCCUUCUUGUUUUCUAGUUCUUUGGUUUCAGGUCAUCUCACAUUGUUGAAUACAAUUUACCAGGGGUAGAAGUGGCUUCUGGUGCCAACUGAAUAUCUACUGUUGUGCCUUUAAAAACCGAGGGUGUUUAGAACUGCUCGGCUGACUAUUUCUCAAGAUCUAGAAAUCUCUGAAAUGGAAGGUUUGGACUAAUCCUUUCUCUAGCAUGAGCUACUGGGAGAGGAAAGAAGGGACAGCAUUGUCCAGGUGUAGACACAAGGUUGCUAGUACAUUUAUCAAGGGCAGAGUUUAAGAAUAAUUUCUGCAAGUGCAUUUAUAGUUCAGCACAUUGGCUGUAACUCUUCUGUCUGGCUUCAUACAGCCCAGAGUGUUUUGUUUUGAUGCUGAGUUUUGUAAGUUUGUAUUUUCUGUAAUUUGUCAGUAGAAUUAUUUUGUAUCCAUCUCUUAUUUCCAGUAUUUCUCCAUAAAACAAGGUGCACAUACAAAACUGAAGUUUCAGGAAUCCCAUCUGCUAUCUCAU